AUGCCGCGCUGUGACGUCGGGAAAACCGGUCCCUUGAACCGAGAGAGAGAGAUCCGUGUGCCUCUGGGGAGCCAGAGUAGAAGGUUCUGUUUACUUAAGCUCAGUGACAUUAAGGCUGCUAAUAUCUCUUCCUUUUUUGUGCCUUUGCAGGGGAAGAAAUUUAAUUUUGGGAAGAUUCUCUUCAGCAACACCACCAUUUUCCUGAGAUUUGAAGGCGAUGAAAAAGCUUGUGAUCCCUCCCAAACUUACAAUGUUACUUGGUACUUAAGAUAUUCUGACUGCUACAAUGAAGUCUUCAACUUUGGGGAGGAACAGGCAGAGUACUAUUUUGGGGCUACAUCUGAACAGCAUCCAGGUUGGUCAGGAUACUACGCCACGGCUUCGCUCCUCUUUCCAAAUUGCUCUGAGCUCUUCAGGCCUCAGAUUUUCUAUAAAGAAUUUGUUCAUCCAGAGCCUCUCUCACCCGAGAAACAAGAGGGUUUAAAAGAUAAGAAGGAGAGUGGAGGAAAUCACACAAUGGUGGCAGAUAAAACCGCAAUGAAUGCUGUUAUCAAAACUUGGCGAGAUGGGCCAUAUAUAUUUAUUGUGCAAAUUGGAGUUACAACUGCAAAGGAUUCUAAGGAUUCUACUACCAAAGUUAAAAGAAUGGAGAGAACAACACCUUCCUCGUAUCAAAAUAAGCCUUUUACAAUGACAGUAGAACUGAAGGGGCCGUAUGAGUAUCUCUCACUUGCGGACUAUCCUCUGAUGAUUUUUUUCAUGGUGAUGUGUAUUGUGUACGUGUUCUUCGGCGUCCUGUGGCUUGCGUGGUCAGCCUGUUACUGGCGAGAUCUCCUGAGGAUCCAGUUCUGGAUUGGUGCUGUCAUCUUCCUGGGAAUGCUCGAAAAAGCAGUUUUCUAUGCAGAGUUCCAGAAUAUCCGCUACACGGGGGAAUCAGUUCAAGGAGCUGUAAUACUGGCAGAACUGCUUUCUGCAGUGAAGCGCUCAUUGGCUCGAACUCUGGUCAUCAUAGUCAGCCUGGGAUAUGGGAUAGUCAAGCCUCGCCUUGGAGUUACUCUACACAAAGUAGUUAUGGCUGGAGCCCUUUAUCUAUUAUUUUCUGGCAUGGAAGGUGUUCUUAGAGUCACAGGGGCCCAGAAUGAUCUUGCCUCCUUGGCUUUUAUUCCCCUGGCUUUCCUAGAUACUGCCCUGUGCUGGUGGAUAUUCAUCAGCUUAACUCAAACAAUGAAACUGCUAAAACUUCGAAGGAAUGUUGUGAAGCUCUCUUUGUAUCGGCACUUCACCAACACGCUCAUCUUGGCAGUGGCAGCAUCUAUUGUAUUUAUCAUCUGGACCACCAUGAAGUUCAGGCUGGUGGACUGUCAGUCGGACUGGCAGGAGCUAUGGGUGGAUGAUGCCAUCUGGCGUUUAUUGUUUUCAAUGAUCCUUUUUGUCAUCAUGAUUCUGUGGAGACCAUCUGCUAACAACCAAAGGUUUGCAUUCUCACCACUAUCUGAAGAGGAAGAUGAUGAUGAGCAGAAAGAGCCAAUGUUAAAGGAAAGCUUUGAGGGAAUGAAAAUGAGAAGUACAAAGCAAGAGCCAAAUGGGAAUGUAAAAGCAAACAAAGCUCAGGAGGAUGACCUGAAGUGGGUAGAGGAGAACGUUCCUUCGUCGGUUACAGAUGUUGCUCUUCCAGCUCUUCUGGAUUCAGAUGAGGAAAGAAUGAUUACACACUUUGAAAGGUCCAAAAUGGAAUGAAGGAGUAGCUUUUUGCUAUUGGAAGUGGAGACGCCUCUUUUAAAGUUGCUUGGUGCAGCAAGUACAUCCUGCUGAUUUGUUUCUUGAUCUCAGCCUUGGAAGUUUGAUGCUUUAUUGUCAUGAGGGUGUCUUGCUGCAGAAGAAGUUCAUGAGGACAUUGUAAACCUUUUGGAAAUUUGAAUUUAUCAAGUUGCUGCAAGUUUGGAUUUUUUAAGCAAUUUAAAUGUGUACUAUUCCAGCACCUUCUGUAACUUUUCAAAUAUUUAAUCUGUGAAACUAAACUUCCUAAUGUCUGCUUGAGGA